CAAAUUCAAAAUUUUGAUAUUGAUUUUAUCAAAAAUUGCAUUUUUGAAAAUUGUUAAAAAAUUCCUUUAAAUAGUUUAUACUUUUGGUAAGUUAUUCUUAAAAUUUCAAAGUGGGAGGCUAAUGGGUUCAUAGUUGAAUAGAUAAUAUUUAAAAAAAAUGUGUUUUACAAGUUUUUGUUUCAGUUUAAUACUAUGUACCCUAACUUUACUUUAUUUAUUUAUGAUGGUGAUUAUUAUCAUAAAUAAUUAUGUACAGGAGGGUUGCCUCUAAGACAACAUUUUAGUUAUUUACAAAAUAAUAUAUAUUUUUAGUUAAGUUGUAAAUAGUUUUUAUAACUUACUUUAUAAUGCAUUUUAUAUGAAAAUGUAAGGAGACACUCAUAAAUAACAAUCAGCAGAGUCUGUUCUAGAUGAUUCUUCAAGUUUUGACAUGAAAGGUGACUAUAAUCCGGCAACUUUGUUUUCGACCUGCGCAGACCACGGUGUCAGGUGGCGGUCACGUGAUUCUCUAGCGGAGUGGAGUGGAGGGGAUCAGUUAACGGUUGUGCUUCCUGGAUACGCCGCUCCCGAGAUAGUGCUUCGCAGGUCGGUUUACACUAUACGGUUUGCGUUAUGGCUUCAACUUCAGGAAUUAAGUCACGUAUUUCAGCCGGUACACCAUUACGUGGACAAGCAAGGGAAAUCGUUUACAAUGUUGUAACAUAUUUAAAAAAACAGAAACGUUUAUAUAAAUUAAAUUACGUCACAGAAUUGGCAAGUGCGGCGACAGGUGUUUCGCAAUCAACCAUUAAAAGUAUCAUUGCGGAAGGUAACAGUAGUUUAUCAUUUUCCUCACCCACGGGUAAGAACAAAGACCGAAAGAAAAGAAUUGAAGUUGAUGACUUUUCCGAAUGUGCGAUUCGUAGGAAAAUUCAUGAAUUUUAUACAGUUAAAAAAACAGUGCCGACAUUAAAGAAUUUGACAAAGUCCUUACAAGAUGACGGUAUUGUGAACUGCAGCAAAGAAUACUUGCGCAAACUGUUGAAACGUCUCGGUUUUCGAUGGAAAAAAUGUCAGUCUAGAAGAAAACUUUUGAUAGAGAAACCUGAAAUUACUGCUUGGAGAGGAAAAUAUUUACAAGACAUUCGUGCGUACCGAAAUGCAGGGCAGAAUAUAGUAUAUAUUGAUGAAACAUAUCUACAUGCUACUCACAGUGUAAGUUCUUGCUGGCAAUCCAGCACUGAACUAGAGGUCACUGAAUCUAUCGGUAAAGGGCAACGAUUGAUAAUUGUGCAUGCUGGUGGCGAACAAGGCUUUGUCCAGAAUGCGUUACUGAUUUUUAAAUCAAAACAAAAAUCCGGUGACUAUCAUGAUGAUAUGAACUAUGCAAAUUUUUCGUUGUGGCUAGAACAAAAGUUACUACCAAAUUUGCCAAUGCACAGUGUCAUUGUUUUAGACAAUGCUAGUUACCACAGUGUUCAAACUAAUAGAAAACCUUCAUUAGCUACUCUUAAACAUGACAUUCAAGAUUGGCUUAGGGAAAAUAGCAUCCAGUUUUCUCCUGACAUGAACAAAGCAGAUUUGUUGAGUUUGGUGAAACAGCAUCCUUCCCCAAAAAUAUUCAAGGUAGACGAAAUCAUAAACAAAUAUGGCUAUGACGUGAUUCGAUUGCCCCCCUACAACCCGGAUCUAAAUCCGAUCGAGCUAGUGUGGGGGGACAUCAAGAGGAAGGUCUCUGAGGAAAUAGGUAACUCGUUGAACGAAAAAAGAAAACUAUGUGAGAAAUUGUUUGCUUCGUACUCCGUCGAACAGUGGAAAAAGUGCUGCGAACAUGUUAAAGGUAUUGAAGCUGAAUAUUUCAGAAGUGAUCGAAUCAUGGACAUCGAAAUCGACAAAAUUAUUGUAACCCUUCAAUCAUUAUCUGAUGAAAAUUCAAGUGGAACAGAUACUGCACAUAGCUUCGACUCGGACUAGAAUUUUACUCGUAUGUCACCAAGUGAUUUUGAAGAGUUGUUAAACAUAAUUGGACCAAACAUCAAGAGAAAGGACAGCACAAUGAGAACGGCAAUCCCUAUAGCUACAAAAUUAGCUAUAACUUUACGAUUUCUAGCUACAAGUGACAGUUUUAAAAGCUUAAUGUAUUUGUUUAGAGUAUCUACAGCUACAAUUUCUGUAAUGAUACCAGAAGUCUGCAGAGCAUUGUGUGAAGGUUUACAGCAGUACAUGCAAGUACCAAAUUCAAAAGAAAAAUGGCUGGAAGUCGAAAGGGAUUUUUAUACCAGAUGGAAUUUUCCGCACUGCUUGGCUGCAAUAGAUGGAAAGCAUAUUGCCAUACAGUGUCCAUCCAACAGUGGAAGGUUGCUGCUGAGCAAGACUGGGGCCUGGGCUUGCGGGCCAUGGACGACCUGCUUCACUGCCCCCGGUGCAGGGAGCGGUUCGGCGAGGGGGAGGGGGAGCGCCGGCCCAAGCUGCUGCAGUGCCACCACACGUACUGCCUGCAGUGCCUGCGGGAGCUGCAAGCGACACAGGGCCAGGCCAAGAAGGGCGGCAAGUCCGUCGCCUGCCCCGCCUGCAGCAAGGUGACCAGCGUGGGGAAGAAAGGCGUGUCGUCGCUGCAGGACAACUUCUACAUCACCACGUUCCGCUCCACCUUGGAGAUGCAGGCCUCGGAGACGGAAAGUGCGGGUGCUGUGGAUGACAUCUACAUAUCUGACGAGGAGGACCAGCAGUUGCCCGCCGUGCCCCCGGCGGAUGCCAAUGACUGGUGCAAGACGUGCAAGCGGGUGACCGUGCCAGCCUGCGUGGCCUCGAAGCACAACGUGUGUAACCUUCUGAAGAUGAUUGAGGGGCUUCUGGCCCAGUUUGGGGACUUGGUGCUGUCCCAGCUGGAGACCCGGGAGCCUCUGGUGCACGCCUUGCAGUCCACAGAGCUGGCUCUGUUUGGGGUGCUGCAUGGCCUGCAGGAGGACAUCUCGUCCCAGGACAUGCUCCUGUCCAUGGCUCGCUCAGAGAAGCAGUGGCUGCUCGCUGUAGACCUGACCAACAAGACCACGUCUGCCCUCGCCGACCGCUUCAGCAAGCUGGACCUCCAGUUGUCUGCGGCCGUCUCUCAGCUCGACCGGGCCAAGGCCACGUCCAACAACUUCCUUGGUCUUCGCAGGGCCGUCCUCAACUUGGAAUUUGGUGGCCAGGGUGGCGAGAAGCAGUCCGUGACCUUGGAGAUGGGCGGCGACACGGACAACGAGAAAGCUCUAAGGUACUUGCUGUACAAGAUGAUGCAAGUAAAAAAAAUUAACGUGCCAGAAAUUAAACCGGAAGAAGGUAAAUCUGCAGAAGUUGAUGAUUGGAAAGUGGUAGGGAGUGAGAAAACAUCUCACAAGGUGUAUACGACCGCACCCGGAUUACAGCCGUCAACUCCCGUCGCAAAAACCAUUGGUAAAGACAAUCUUCCCGUAAAGUUACCGCCAGUAAACUCUACAACCAGCCUCCCGGUAGCAUACAACAGCAUGCCUCAGCGAGCGAGUGUCCAGACGGUAGCCAAGGCCGUGACUGCUCCGUUGAAUCAGCCAUCUGAAGGCAUGCAGCAUGCAGCAUGGCAGUCUGUCCCUACUGGCAGACAGCAAGCUAAGCGCAAGGCGAUGGUCAAGAGCAUUGGACUGAGCACCCACAACUACCACUGCUUCUUUGAGAUUGAGGUAAACGGCAAGUCGAUCGGCACCGUGGUGAUGAAGUUGCGUCCUGAUGUCGCCCCCAAGAUGUGCUCCAACUUCGUGACUCUGUGCACUGGUGAGCUCGGCUACGGUUACAAAGGCAGCAGGAUAUUUAAAGUGCAUGCCAACAGUUUUGUGGUGGGUGGUGACUUUGAGAACAAUGAUGGUAGCGGAGGCUACUCCAUCUUCAACAAGGGCUACUUCUUGGGGGAUGACUGCAACCUACAUGACUGUUGUGGGGCGCUGCGCAUGCGUGGGAUGGGCACGGACCCCAAGACGGGGGCAGGGAGGGUGGGCUCGCAGUUCCACAUCUGGGUGGGGGAGAAGGAAUUCAAAGACUACAAGAGAACACUGGUGUUUGGACAUGUUGUCAAAGGGUUAGAUCUACUGCAGUAUAUUUCUGGCUUUAAGACAAUUCGCAAUGGAGAGGGGGACUAUUUUUUGAAAAGUGUGGUUAUAAUUAAAAACUGUGGCACCAUGUGACAUUCCAUAAUUCUUUUGGCUGAAGCAUAUUAAAUGGCUUGUUAUGAAUGCUUUGUUGCAAGAAAUUUAUGAUAUUCCUAUCAUUCCAAGUUGUGGUUUUUAUUUCUUUAUAAAGAAGUUUUACUUGUAGAACAAUAAAAUGAUUGUUAUGACUGCUGGUGAUACAUCCAUUUCAUUAGAAAUUUUAAAAGUGUGUAUUCAUUGUAUAGCAUUCUUAUCGUAAUGUACAGUAAUUAGAGAUCAUUAUUUAAUCCUGUAUUCAAUAUGCCCUCUUUGUAGAUUAAUAUUUUCUUCCUGCACUAGUGAAUGAGCAAAUUUUAAUCAAUUGAGUGAGGAAAGGUAUAAAUAAGUAUUAUUUGUUUUACUUUAAAAUGAUAAUUUUGACUACUGUGUACCAGUCUACUAUAAUAUUGUUUUAUUUUAUUUUUUAAUUAGAAUUGGAAUGUUGGGGGAUAAAAGCAAUGAAGAUGUGGAAAGAGGCAACAAAAAAAAAAUACAUUGUUGUGUUGUUGGAAUUGUUAUGUUUGAAAAAAAAAUCUUUAUCCAUAUUAAAAACUCAUGUUUCUGAUUAUAUAAUUUUAGAUGUAUAGUUAAUACCAAACCUUAAGGUUAUAUAAAAGUGUCACAGAAGUCACUCAGUUUAGCAACUCAUAUUUAGUACUGUGACUAUGUAUACUCUGAAAACUGAGAUGCAUUUUACAAUUGAUGGCAUCCUAAAUUUUUGAAAAUUCUCAAUGCUAAGAGGCACCUUUGUUGUGACUGUGACUUUGUUCAUGUAGGUUCUACCUUCUGUAACAGAACUAUUUAUUUGCAGUAACUUGAUUACUUCUUCCAGUAACAAGAACUCUGAGUUACUGUUUGGUUGUAGAAGUUGUAAAAGGUACAGCUGAUUCAAACAAAGUGGAAGAUCAUCUUAAAUUCAUAGCAGAUUUUUGUUUCACGUAAUAACUACUAUAUAAAUAUACAUCUGUGGUAUGUAGCAGUGUGUGUGUUUUGUUUGGAGUUUGUUUUUGUAUUUUGAAAAAAAAAUUUGGUACACUGCAAAAUGUUUUUAUUGAAUCUGAAAAAAUGUUUAUGCACAUGAAAAGUAACUGAUCAUCUUUAGUACUAUUUUAUUUUACAAAUUAUUUUUUUGUAAGUUUUAUUCUUCCUACUUAAUAAAUUGUUUUGAACAUUUAUUGUACCAAUUAUGUAUUUAUUUCUGUCAAAUGUCUUAUUCACGAUUCCUCGUAGCUACCAGGAAUGGACACACAAUUCUGUGCACUUAUUAAAUCAAUUAAUAAAAUAAAAACUCAUGAAUAAAGAAAAAAA